AAGUCAAUCAGUCCGCACAUUGAAAUGAGUAGGUAAGCAGGGAGAAAAUAAAGACAAUUUAUGAAUGUUUUAGAAAUGUCGACACAAUUUACGGCAUCCUUAUUAUCAAAUUGACAGAUUCAUUUGACAUAAUUUCGUAAGACUAAGCAAAUCAACCUUUCUAUUGUCAGAAACUGGUCCCAAGGUAAUAUUCGCUGUUCAUGCUAUAAAAUAAUACGGUGGCAUUGUUCAAUUUACGACUCAGAGUUAGAAAGGAAAGAUAAGGAUUAGUUUUAGCAAAAUUUUGGGGUCGGGAAGAUGCCAAGAUGGUGACUGUUCAUUGUUGUUUGCUUUUAAAAAUGCUGCUGAACAAUCCCACUUUGUAAAGCACCAAACCCUCCUCGCCAGCACUCUUGAAACGAGCCACGUGCUUUGUUCACACCGUCUUGCAUUUUGCUUCUUCAAACCAACCUCGAAGCUGUUGUUUUAUGCCAUGAAUGCUACCUUUUCUCAAAACCUGAGACUUUCUUUCUCAGUGUCUUCGGUUUUGAUUGGGGGAUAAUAGGAUUCUGAGUCAGCUCUGAUGAAGGUCUCUUUAGAACUUGUAAAUGCACCAUUUGUCAUUGCUUUUCUAACAUGGAUUACCAUAGACAUUUUGAAACGUAGGAGACAUGACGCUAUGACUCACUUCAAACAUAGAAUAGGGACAGAAGCAAGAGUUUUUACUGCUAUAAUUGUUCUAUCUAAUGUUAUAAUCUCUACUUUAUACUUGGGUUUUGGGUUUUAUAUUUUUUGGAAUAGUGGAAUUGUCCCUACCAAACCCGUCUGCUCGGCCAUCACUUGGUUUCUGGCAAGUUUAGUUACAAUCUAUUCAAAAAACAAAACUUUCAGUGAGCACAAAACCUGGCCUUUAGUCCUGAUAGUAUGGUGGGUGUUUUCCUGCAUUUUUCUUUCACUUUCUGCAGUGGUUUACCUUAUCCACCACUUAAAAUCCAAAGAAUUGCCCUAUCCUUUGCCAGAAGCCAACAUCGUUGAUAUAGCUUCCUUGCCUUUGUUGAUACUGCUUUGUUGCUGUCUACCUCUUGCUAUUAGUGAAAACAGUGAUCUUAAAAAUCCAUUGCUUCGCAAGAAGGAUGAAAACUCCUCCAGAGAUGAUGGUAGUUUCACUAAUGCUAGCAUCUGGAGCCAACUCACAUUUCGAUGGCUAAACCCUCUCUUUGAAAGGGGUCGAAUUGAAAAACUUGAGUUGCACCAUAUUCCUCCAGUUCCGGAAUCAGAAACUGCAGAUAAUGCUUCGUUGUUGCUGGAAGAAUCACUUCGAAGACAGAAAACAGAAUUUUCUUCAUUGCCAAAAGCAAUAACUCGUACCAUAAGGAGAUCCCUGGCUCUAAAUGCAGUUUUUGCAGGACUUAAUACAAUUGCCUCCUAUGUCGGACCCUUCCUUAUCGCCAGCUUUGUGAAUUUCUUAAAGGAAAAGCAUGAUAGUUCAGGCUACCAAUAUGGGCUGGUUCUUGCGUUUAUCUUCUUCUUUUCAAAGACUCUGGAAUCACUAACUCAACGACUGUGGUACUUCGGCGCUCAGAGAAUUGGAAUAAGGGUUCGUGCAGCUCUCACAGUAUUGAUUUACAAAAAAUCUCUAUCAACUAAGUUUGUUGGUCCCAGCAAUGGUAAAAUCAUAAAUCUCAUAAAUGUGGAUGCUGAAAGAAUUGGAGACUUUUGCUGGUACAUUCAUGGAGUGUGGUUGCUACCAAUCCAAGUCUUUCUGGCCUUGGUAAUACUGUACAGGAAUCUGGGUGCUGCUCCUUCCGUUGCUGCUGUCUUUGCUACAAUUUUGGUGAUGGUAAGUAACACUCCAUUAGCCAAUAGGGAAGAGAGACUUCACUCCAAGAUCAUGGAAGCCAAGGAUUCAAGAAUAAAAGCAACUUCAGAGACUCUAAAAAGCAUAAGAGUCCUGAAACUUCAUUCAUGGGAACCCACUUUCUUGAAGAAGCUUCUUCAACUUAGAGAAACAGAGAGAAACUGGCUUAAGAAGUAUCUAUAUACAUGCUCAGCUGUUGCUUUUCUGUUUUGGGCAUCACCAACUCUGGUGUCAGUCAUCACAUUUGGUGUCUGCAUUUUCUUAAAAACACCAUUAACAUCAGGAACAGUACUUUCAGCUCUAGCAACUUUCAGGAUUCUACAAGAACCUAUAUACAACCUUCCAGAGCUCAUUUCCAUGAUUGCUCAGACAAAAGUCUCAUUUGAUCGAAUUCAAGAGUUCCUUGGAGAAGAAGAUCAAAGGACGUUCUUACCUGAUGGUGGUUCAAAAGCAUCCGAUGUUGCGAUUGAAAUUGAGACAGGGGAAUAUGCUUGGGAAACAUGCAGCCAAAACUUAAAGAAUCCAACCAUCAAAAUCACAAAGAAGAUAAAAAUAAUGAAAGGUUAUAAGAUUGCUAUUUGUGGCUCCGUAGGCUCAGGCAAAUCAAGCCUACUUUGCAGCAUACUAGAUGAGAUCCCUAGGAUUUCUGGUGCAGGUAUUAAGGUUUAUGGGAAAAAGGCUUAUGUUCCUCAGAGAUCUUGGGUUCAAACAGGCACUGUCAGAGAGAAUAUAUUGUUUGGGAAGGAUAUGGAUAAGGUUUUCUAUGAACGUGUUCUUCAAGCAUGUGCCUUGAACCAAGAUAUUGAGAUGUGGGAUAAUAAAGAUAUGAGUGUUGUGGGAGAGAGGGGAAUGAACUUGAGUGGAGGCCAGAAGCAGAGGAUUCAGUUGGCAAGGGCCAUCUACAGUGAUUCUGAUAUUUAUAUCCUAGAUGACCCUUUCAGUGCGGUUGAUGCUCACACAGGAACACAUUUGUUCAAGAAAUGUCUCACAGGAUUGUUGUCUCAGAAGACUGUCAUUUAUGCUACACACCAAUUGGAAUUUUUAGAUGCAGCAGACCUAGUUCUGGUGAUGAAAGAAGGUCUCAUUGUUCAGUCAGGAAAAUAUGAGGAGUUGAUUGCUGAUUCUGAUGGUGAACUUGUUAGGCAAAUGAAUGCUCAUAGAAAAUCACUAGAACAAGUGAACCCACCCCAAGAAGACGAUUCCUUGACUGCUGGACCCUAUCAGAAAAGUCAAAUCGAAGUCAUAGAAGAAAAAUAUGGUGAACCCAUCUGCCAUGGCAAGCUCUUCGAAAGGAGUCAAGAAGAAGAAACAGAAACUGGUCGUGUCAAAUGGAGUGUUUACUCAACCUUUGUCACUGCGGCUUAUAAGGGAGCUCUUGUGCCAGUCAUCCUCCUCUGCCAAGUUCUCUUCCAGGGACUACAGAUGGGAAGCAAUUACUGGAUUGCUUGGGCAACAGAGGAAAAUCACAGGGUAUCAAGAGAACAGUUAAUAGGCAUAUUUGUUUUGCUGUCUGGUGGAAGCUCCAUCUUCGUACUGGGAAGGGCAGUUUUGCUGGCAACUAUUGCGGUGGAGACAUCUCAACGCCUUUUUAUUGGAAUGAUAACAUCAGUUUUCCGUGCACCCAUUUCAUUCUUCGACUCUACUCCCUCAAGUCGAAUUCUCAGCAGGUCUUCUACAGAUCAAAGCACAUUAGACACAGACAUUCCCUACAGAUUAGCCGGGCUGGCAUUUGCUUUAAUUCAGUUGUUCAGUAUCAUCAUCCUUAUGUCCUAUGUUGCCUGGCAGAUCUUCCUUCUCUUCCUCGCCAUCCUUGGAAUCUCCUUUUGGUAUCAGAACUAUUAUAUUUCGACUGCUAGGGAGCUAGCCAGGAUGGUUGGAAUUAGAAAGGCUCCUAUCUUGCAUCAUUUCUCUGAAUCUAUCACAGGAGCAGCAACAAUUCGUUGUUUCAGCCAGGAAGACAGAUUCUUGGAGAAAAACCUGAGCUUGAUUGAUGAUUAUUCUCGUGUAGCCUUCCAUAACUCUGGCACAAUGGAAUGGCUGUGUGUUCGAAUCAACUUUCUUUUCAACUUUGUCUUCUUCCUGGUGUUGAUCAUCCUGGUGAGCUUGCCCAGAUCCGAAAUUGAUCCCAGCUUGGCAGGAUUGGCAGCUACAUAUGGUUUAAACUUAAAUGUACUGCAGGCGUGGGUAAUAUGGAACUUAUGCAAUGUUGAAAACAAAAUGAUAUCAGUUGAAAGAAUUCUUCAAUUCACAAACAUACCUAGUGAAGCUCCCUUAGUGAUCGAGGACUGUAGGCCAAAGCCUGAAUGGCCAACAGAAGGAAGAAUUGAACUUGAAAACCUCCAGAUGCAGUACAAACCUACUCUCCCUAUGGUUCUUAAAGGCAUAACUUGCAUUUUCCCGGGACAAAAGAAAAUUGGAGUUGUUGGCAGAACAGGGAGUGGAAAGUCCACUCUAAUUCAGGCUCUCUUCAGGGUGGUGGAGCCUUCAGGAGGACGGAUUGUUAUUGAUGGAGUAGAUAUUUCUUCUAUUGGUUUGCAAGAUUUGAGGUCCAGAUUGGGCAUAAUCCCACAAGACCCAACAUUGUUUCAAGGAACCAUAAGGACCAAUCUGGAUCCUUUACAACAGCAUACAGAUCAAGAAAUCUGGAAGGUCCUCAAAAAGUGUCGUCUUGCAGACAUAGUGAGGCAGGAUCAAAGGCUUCUUGAUGCUCCAGUCGCUGAAGAUGGAGAGAAUUGGAGUGUUGGACAAAGGCAGCUUGUUUGCUUGGCUAGGGUGCUCAUAAAGAAAAGGAGAAUUUUGGUGUUGGAUGAGGCCACAGCUUCCAUUGAUACGGCCACAGAUAAUGUCAUCCAGGAGACAAUAAGAGAAGAGACAAGCAGAUGUACCGUCAUCACUGUGGCACAUCGGAUACCAACUGUUAUUGACAAUGACUUGGUUCUGGUUCUUGAUAAAGGGAAAAUUGUAGAGUACGAUAUGCCCGGGGUAUUACUUGGGGACAAUUCUUCUUCAUUCUCGAAGUUGGUGGCUGAAUUCUUGAGAUCAUCCAAGAGUAACCACCAUAAGAAUAUGUUUUGAGGAUAGACAGAAAUGAUACAUGGAUUGCAAAAAUGUGGGAGGGGUCUAAUGGAUUCUCCACCAACACGAGAGCUUUUGGAUUUUGAUGAAGAUUUCUGCCAUGGAAUCCUGACGAUCAACUUCUUUUGGGGGUGGUUGGAAUGUCAGAAAAAUAAGGAGGAAAGUUAGGGUGACAUCAGUGCGACAUAAUGAUUGAUAUUCUUAUCACUUCAAUUUCUUUGGAUAUAAAGGAAGCUGGGUUUGCAAAGAUGAUUAGUUUGUGUACAUCUGAUUGAACAUGAGGGCCUGUUUGAGAAACCAUAGGGGGAUUUUCCUUUCGGCACAGUUUCAACUAAGGGUCAACUCCACUGAGCAAUUCCCUCCUUCCACUGAGAGGACUUUCCUUCUUUCCUCCAUUCUGAUGUUUUACUCAGCAUGUCAAAUUCAUGAAGUUUUGGACUGCACGCAUUUAAAUUAGGCUUUAUACUCUCCUGUGGAAAAUAAUGGAUUAAUAUGCAUCCUAUAGAAAGAUUUCGGCAUGAGUAUUACCACUUACAAACACCUGCUAAUGUUUAACAAUUUCUCUCAAUUACUUGCCAUCACCAUCCACGUUCAAAAGUAUUAGCAGUAGUUGACAUUACUGAUUGUAACUUACAAGGCCUAGUUUUGGCAGAAAAGUUAUUUGAUAGUUUUUUCUAAGUUGACAUAUGAGCAGGAAAACUUGGAUCGACACUUAUAGAUUCAAAUAUAAGAAAGCAGCUGCUGUAGCUGACAAGCUUGAUGUGUACAUAUCUUCCUUUAAUGUCUCUCAUAAGUUGAUAUAAACUUUAGUAAAGCUGAUUUUUUUUUUUUGUAUGUUUUGUCUGGUGACAAUUUGUGUAUGUAGCAUGCCGCAUGUCCAUAUUAUUUAUCCUCGUUAGAGAGUUGUGAAAUUUGCUAAGCAUUUACAGACGCCUGACACAAAGAGAGAAACCCAGAUAUUACCAGGCAGCAACACAAGCUUUAAACUUUAAUUGUAAGGACCACUCAUGAGAGCUGACUUCAUAUGACAUUUACUUAACACUAACAAAUCCUGUAACAAUGAGAAACCCCAAUACUACCUAACAGCAACAUAGGCUUUAAACUUUAAUUGUGAGGCUUAUACAGUUAAAGAGGAGCCUUUCAAAACUAGGUGUAUGCCGCCGUUUGCUACAAACACACGGUAUUCUUUAGUAAAAGGCAAAAGAAUAGUUCGCUCUGCGCUCAUUGCGCGGCUGCAAACGUUGGGAAGGAGAAACCUGUCUCAUUUUAUAGAACUUCUCACGCUAUUAGCUCUCUAGCUUCUUGAUGUGGGAUAAUGUUGGCUUGCUUGCUUGCUUUUUGGUAAUAAAGUUUAGUACAAUUUAAGAGUGGCUUCCUCGAGGAAGUUGGAACUUCCCAAUACAAAUAUCAGAAAGUUAAAACUGUUACAGAAACUUUUUUUAUAUAACGAAUCAAACUUGCUUUCUUCUUCCCGGUCAUUUUUUAUAAUCUGAUAGACACACAAAAGAUAUAAACUCUCCUUAAAAGACUACUGAGACUGAAAUUUGAACUGAUCAUUAACCAUGGAUUAGGCAUCAUCGUUAUGGAUACAGAUUUCAAUUUGUAGUUCA